GCGCGGAGUUAGGGCCGGAGGCGGCGUGGCUGGGGCGGCGCGGGGAGGGCUGUGCGGAUUGCUUUCCGCAGCGGCGUCUCCGCCGACUCCCCUUGCCGUCUCUGGGGCGUGGGACGUCUACCAGUCGGGGACCUAAGCCGCUGGCCGCGGCGGGCGUCCGGAUCCGCGUCCCGCCUCAGCGCCCGGAGGACAUGCGGGAGAGAGAAUGAGCCAGAGGGACACGCUGGUGCAUCUGUUUGCCGGGGGAUGUGGUGGUACAGUGGGAGCUAUUCUGACAUGUCCACUGGAAGUUGUAAAAACACGGCUGCAGUCAUCUUCUGUGACACUUUAUAUAUCUGAAGUUCAGCUGAACACCAUGGCUGGAGCCAGUGUCAACCGAGUAGUCUCUCCUGGACCUCUCCAUUGCUUAAAAAUGAUCUUGGAAAAAGAAGGGCCUCGUUCCUUGUUUAGAGGAUUAGGCCCCAAUUUAGUGGGGGUGGCUCCUUCCAGAGCAAUAUACUUUGCUGCUUACUCAAACUGCAAGGAAAAGUUGAACGAUGUAUUUGAUCCUGAUUCUACCCAGGUACACAUGAUUUCAGCUGCAAUGGCAGGUUUUACUGCAAUCACAGCAACCAACCCCAUUUGGCUUAUAAAGACUCGGUUACAGCUUGACGCAAGGAACCGUGGGGAAAAGCGAAUGGGCGCUUUUGAAUGUGUCCGUAAAGUGUAUCAGACAGAUGGACCUAGAGGAUUUUAUAGGGGCAUGUCUGCUUCAUAUGCUGGCAUAUCUGAGACUGUUAUCCAUUUUGUUAUUUAUGAAAGUAUAAAGCAAAAACUACUGGGAUAUAAGGCUGCUUCUACAAUGGAAAAUGAUGAAGAGUCUGUGAAAGAAGCAUCAGAUUUUGUGGGAAUGAUGCUAGCUGCUGCCACCUCAAAAACUUGUGCCACAACUAUAGCAUAUCCACAUGAAGUUGUAAGAACAAGACUACGUGAAGAGGGAACAAAAUACAGAUCUUUUUUUCAGACAGUGUCUUUGGUUGUUCAAGAAGAAGGGUAUGGGUCUCUUUACCGUGGUUUAACAACUCAUCUCGUGAGACAGAUUCCAAACACAGCCAUUAUGAUGGCCACCUAUGAACUGGUGGUCUACCUACUCAACGGAUAGCAGCAGAGUGCUGCCGUGCUACGAAGAGGGAAGACCAAAAGAUUACAGUGGACCAUGGAAUAUUGAAGCCAGCAUGGCAGACAAAAGAAAAAUAGUUUGGGAACAUGUGACUAUGCCUAAGUGGAAGUUUGGUUGAAAGAAUUAAAGUAAUCACACCACAUUACUUGACCUUUCAGUAAUGUGAAAAAAA